GAAAUGAGGGGCUGAAGUGGGUGUGGCCUUUUGUCUGGGGGUGGAGCAGUCCUUUCAGGAAGCAAAGCCGCAUGGGACACAGUGCCACCAAUUGGAGAAUGCCUAAUGCCUAUUGUCUGUUGACAAUGAGACUGAGUCUGAGGAUGGAGAUUGAUGUCCCAUGCCUACCCCGGUGGAGAAUGCCCCACAAUGCAUACUUCAAAGCUUACCCAGAAUGGCAGGGCCUGCUUCCAAGAUCUGAUGAUAUCAUGUCCCCCCUCCAGUACUUCAAGCAGUUUUUCCUCAGAAGACAUUCUAGAAGUUAUUGUAGGGCAGUCAAAUCUAUAUGUGAUACAAUGUAACGCAAACAAGCCGCUUAACCUCACUACAAAAGAAUUUGAGCAGUUCCUGGGUAUUGUGGUGUACAUGUCAUUGUUUGGUUUACCAGGCACCUGCAUGUUUUGGAACAAAGCAUGCUGAGUGUCCCAAGUAGCUGACACUAUGAUACUUAAUAGAUGGGAGGCCAUCAAAAAAUCCCUGCACUUCAGUAACAAUGAAGAGAGACAGGAGGAAAAUGAUGAUCCACUCCACAAGAUCCGACCACUGGUCACUCAUCUAACCUCAAAACUGACGUCAAUCCCAAUGGGUGAGAAGCUGGCUGUUGAUGAGCAAGCAGAUUGUCCCAUUCAAGGGAAGAAAUAGAUUGAAGCAAUAACUGCCAUCAAAAUCAAAGAAAUGGGGCUACAAGAUAUUCGUCUUGGCUGGCUCUGAUGGUGUCCCGCACAACUUAGAAAUCUACAUAGGGAGAGUUGUACAACCCCCUGAGCUAGCAGAUGUGGGAGCAAGUGGCAAUGUUGUCCUCCGCAUGGCCCAUCCUAUACACAAGCAAGAGAACUACAAGCUUUUCUUCGACAACUGGUUUACGAGUGUCCCUCUUGUGCUUACACUGGCUCAGCAGGGAAUUCACUGCACUGGUACUGUUCGUGGCAACAGACUACCAGAUGUCAGCUUGAUGUGCAACGCUGAGCUGAAGAGAGCAGGACGUGGAUCUUUUGAACAGAAGAUGGCCAUGUUUGGAAAAACCACCUUGCACAUUGUAAAGUGGUACGAUAACCACUCAGUGACCCUUCUGAGUGAUUACACUGGAGCCCACCCAGUCACUGAGGUUGACAGGUGGGCUCGCUAGCGAAAGAUGAUCACCAAAGUCCCCUGUCCUGCUGUGGUGAAAGAAUACAACAAGAAUAUGGGUGGGGUGGAUCUACUUGACUCACUGACUGCACUGUACCGGAACAAAAUCAGAUCAAAGAAGUGGUACCACCGGCUGGUGUUCCACUUACUGGAUAUGAUCAUCGUGACCACCUGGCUGCUCUACCGAAGAGAUUGUGAAGGCACUGGCAUGAGAAAGAAGGAACAUAUGAAGCUGUAUACCUUCAAGUCACACAUCUCUGAAGGCCUAUGCAAAAGUGGAAAGAGCCUGGAGCCCAAGAAAGGUCGUCCCAGUUCCACAAUUGCUGGUGAGUACGAGGAGAAGAGGAGAAAAGGACCCACUGCCCCAAUUCCAGUCCCUGUUGUGCAAAUGGAUGCCACAGCCCACUGGAUGAUUAUGGCUGAAAAGAAGGGGACAUGCAAGGUACCAGGGUGCACAGGUACACCAAAAGCUAAGUGCCGGAAAUGUGAUAUCCACCUCUGUUUCACAUCCACCAGCAACUGCUUUCUGAGGUUUCACACAGAAUAGGAAAUCAGAGUAUGCUUUGUCAAAAAGAGAAGCACUGAUUCAAACAAUAACCAAUAACCCCCCCACAAAUACACACACACACACACACACACACACACAGUCAUUUGGAUGUUGGUUUAUAUGUUUAUAUGAAAUGUGAGAAACAUUUAUACAUGAGGUGUUAGUUGUAAUUAGUAGUAGUUUGUUUAUUUGAUUGUUUGAUGUUUGUGAUU